CGACACAAUGGCUCCCUCCGCUAUCCCAACCCAGGACGUCGACCUCACCGCGGCCAACAUCCAGGUCAAGGAGGCCAACCAGCCCACCAAGCCCAGCAAUGGCACCACGCCCGCCCCCCUCGACGCCUCCAAGCUCAUCUACAACCUCACCAAGGACCCUCGUCCCGUCCCCGGCGAGGAGGUCGCCAAUGCCAGUGACCACACCAUCUGCACCGACCACAUGCUGACCGCUACCUGGACCGCCUCCGAGGGAUGGGGCGCCCCCGAGAUCAAGCCCUACGGUCCCCUGAGCCUCAUGCCCACGGCCUCGGUCCUGCACUACGCCACCGAGUGCUUCGAGGGCCUCAAGGCCUACCGCGGCUACGACGGCAAGCUGCGCGUCUUCCGCCCGGACUGCAACUGCGCCCGCAUGCACAUGUCCGCCGGCCGCAUCUCCCUGCCCCUCUUUGAGCCCGCCGAGCUGGAGAAGCUCAUCAUCGCCCUGUUGGCCGUCGACGGCCCCCGCUGGCUGCCCAAGGACGAGCCCGGCCGCUACCUGUACAUCCGCCCGACCCUCAUCGGCACCCAGUCCCAGCUCGGCGUCCAGGCGCCCCGCGAGGCCCUGCUGUACAUCAUCGUCACCUACAUGCCCCGCCUCGACAGCCCCCCCGGCGGCAUGCGCCUGCACACGUCCCCCGAGGACAUGGUGCGCGCCUGGGUCGGCGGCUUCGGCUACGCCAAGGUCGGUGCCAACUACGGCCCUUCGCUGGCCGCCACCUCCGAGGCCCGGGCCCGCGGCUACCACCAGAUCCUGUGGCUGUACGGCAAGGACGGCGAGUGCACCGAGGCCGGUGCCAGCAACUUCUUCGUCGUCUGGAAGCGCAGGGACGGCAAGACGGAGCUCAUCACUGCUCCCCUGGACGACAAGCUGAUCCUGGACGGCGUCACGCGCCGGAGCAUCCUGGAGCUGGCCCGUUCGCGCCUGGGCGACGAGUUGGAGGUGACGGAGCGCAAGUACACCAUUGACGAGGUCAUUGAGGCCGAUGCCGAGGGACGACUGGUCGAGGCUUUUGCCGCUGGAACUGCCUACUUUGUCUGCCCCGUCUCGGCCAUCCACCACCGCGGCAAGGACAUCAACAUCCCCAUGGGCCCUGAGGGCACGCCCAAUGUCAUCACCUCCAAGAUCAAGAAAUGGAUCGGUGACAUCAUGUACGGCAACGUCGACCACCCCUGGGGCGUUGUCAUCCCUGAGCGGGAGUAA